AUGUCACAAUACGAUCCUUCAAUACAACCUCGCCGACGGGGAGGCCAGUCCCUCUUCUCAACACGAGCAUCAGCCCAGAGCCUCCGGAGCCAGUACAGCAGCAGAGAAGCCCAGACGGCGCACCUCGUCCAGCUGAUUGAGGAGUUUCGCAAGGGGGAUCCCAUCUACGAGCCCGUGCCGCCCACGCCGCCACCCAGAGCUCCGGGACGGCAGAGGAGUCACAGGAGCCAGAGGAGCCAGAGGGUCGUUUCGCCCUCGGUGCGCUUCACAUCGCCUCUGGAACGCUUCACAUCGCCUCUGGACCGCUUCACAUCGCCUCUGGAACGCUUCACACCACCUCUGGAGUCGUUGGCGCCCAGGCGACGAGCCAAGACACCGCUUUCGGUGCCCGUGGUGUAUGAUAUGCCCGCCACCCAGCAGCAGAGUAUUGUCCUGCCAGCGGCGAUACCAGAAGAGGCGCAGCAGCAGCAGAUGAGGCAGCAUAACCCGGAGGAGCUUGUGCCGUCAGUUAUGGCCAACGAGGAGGACGAGUCGGACGAGCAGAGCCUUGACAUGGCCGGAUUCCCCAUGCCGCCGGACUUUCUGGAUCAGGAGUAUCUCACUCCCAUCAGCGAGGCUGACGACUGGGUCGAUUUGGAGGAGACGUCGGGCAAGGUGUACGCCUUUGAUCCGGCGCGCUCCUCGUCUCACCCGACAAGAGAUGAUGAUGGUUCUGAUCUAGACAUUCCGUUUUCGGACGACUCUACGCUGAGGGGUGAGGAACCGCCGUUGAGUCGGGCGCUCCAUGUGUAUCAGUCCAGGUACACUGGUGAGAGCGUACUGGGCGGUGUGCACUCGGCGGCUUUGGAUGUUGUAUAUGAUACCAAAAAAAGGCGCCAAUCAUUAUUCAGAUGGCUGCAUGUGCAGCAGGACAUGAUGAACUUUGAUGAGUUCACAAAUGAAAUCUCGCGCGCGCUCUCCGAGUCAGAGCAAAACGACAUUCGCAAGCUUCUCUCCGACGUGAGAAAGAACUACUCCAAGACCGUCCGCACCUCUCGAGACACGACAGUCAAACACAUGGAACCUAGCUACCUCGAACUUCCCCUCCAGCACGGAGGAGACCCGGGCAAGGCUUUGAAGUCCGGGAAGCAUUCCGCGACCUGGCUCUGCAUCCCAUACUUUUCACUAGAGGAGUACUCGGGGAUCCAGGCCACCGGAAAUCCGGGAGCCUACCCGCCCCAAACACUCCUACAGUCAGCCUUUUCGCGGAACUCGCGCAAGCGGGACAUGCUGCAGGCAACGCGGCAGAUCGGCAACGGAGGGAAAGACAUGUGCUUCCACAUCCGACAGUUGUGGUGUAUCGUCCUGGACGAUUCGCUGCUCAUCACCUGCGGUUCCAUGUUCGAGGAGGCCCUGCGCGGCGAAACCGUCAUAAUGACCUCGGAGCCGGCGAGAAAUCCCACCCUGGGGGCGGAUACGGGGCGGAUACUGAUCCGGCACGGCGAGUCGGUGCUGUGGUCUUUUCCUCUCGAAGAAUGCCGGACCUGGUUCGCUUUUAUUGCGCACUUUGCCGAUUUCUGGCCAAAGGCAGUUCGCUUCCACUUCAACGGUCGACUGUUGACGGAGGGGCGGUGGUGGAAGGUACUUCAGUUUGCCAGGACCUCACACAAGAGCGUUGUGAUUAGUAUGGAAACCUGCACACCACCACAACUACCGCCAAGCGGCAUUUUGAGACCCCUCAAACAGGGUCUAAGCAGCGCCGCCGGGCAGUCGUCCGGUAGCUUCCAGCCACCCAGGACGUCGGCAGGCAACCGGAUGAGCUUCCCGCCUGGCCAGCCCAACAAGAACAACGAAAUGUUUCACGUAUUCAGCUGGGCCGAGACGAACCCGCCCGGCCCCAUCGAAGGCCCCAACUUUAUCGUGCUCCAGAAACAGCUAUCCGAGGUCGAAGAGUUCCUGACGGCCGAGACCAAUGGGCUGGACCGGCGGGCGUACCUCGAGGCUGAGAUGUCGACGAGGAACGAAGUCUACGAGUAUCUCGAACAGCAAGGGGCGCGGAUGCAAGAUACGAAGAAGUCAUGGAGGAAGCAGGACUAUGAGGAGCGUGUUGACAUUUUUAACGCGGCUGACUCUUUGUUCAGGUUCUUUUUGCCUCCUCUUUUUGACGGGCCGACAACCGAGAGGUUCUGGGGUGCUGUGAUGAAUUUGGUCACAGUAGUUCCCCAACCCGAGACCACCGAGAGCGAGCCUCAUCCGAACAGCCUCGACAAGACGAGGCGCGAAGCCGUCUACGCAAACGCCCCGACGGUCAGAAAAGCCCUGCGCCAGCUGGCCCUCCCCGUCAUCGCUUUCAAGGGCAUCCUGUCUCACGCUGAACCGACGGACCGGCUAGACAUUGACGUGCCUCUGGAGCUGAUCCGCGCCUGGCUCCAUCUGGUCAUGGGCCUGAUCUACGCGAGUCACGAGACGCACAUGUGGGAGGACCAUCUGGACGUGGCGGACGCGCUGGUCAAGAGCGGCAUGAAGCAUAUUAUGGAACGGCUGUCAAACUUAAACCUGCUGGACCGGUCUUGCGUCCUCCCGCUCGAGGUGGUGUCUUUGAUCAGCUAUGGCCUCUUGUCCAACACGUCUGGAAAGUAUGCGGGAAUUACAGACACGUAUUCAGAGUAUCUCAGAGCAUUGGAAAACGAGAUUGCGAAUGGGCAGUCGGAUAUCUCCUACCAGCAGCGAAUAAACUUCCUACGGCAAGAAGUAAGCGUUGUUGACCGCACCAUAGCUGCGCAAAGCAACGUCUUCAGCUCCAUCCUGGCCUCUCGACAGGAAGGUUCAUCCGCUGCAGCAAAGCUUCACCGUUCGACUCGAACUCGGGUUGCCGCGGCCGCCAAUUAUCUUGAGACUGCUUCACCAAAAUCUCACAUGCUGUUGGGCAGAAGCGGCCGACACGCCGCCGAUGACGAUGAAGUGCAGCAGGCGCUUUUGGAGCCUGUGGCCAUGGCUGCUGCCGCUGGGGUGUCCGACUUUUACAAGCUUCCGUCCACGGACGCGGCCGGCUUCAGGGAUCUCCUGGCGGCGGAGUGCACACAGCUUCUGGAGCGGCGGAGCAGGGAUUUUGAAGAGUACGCCGAGCAAGCUGAUGUUUUGGAACAGACGAACCUCAACAAUGCGGCGGUGACCAAAGACCGCCAGGAGCAGGCUAUUUACGCCUUCACCAUUGUGACCAUCAUCUUCCUGCCCCUGAGCGCCGUCUCGAGCGUCUUCGGGAUGAAUUCUAGCGACAUCCGAGACAUGGAGGCCGGGCAAUGGCUGUACUGGGCCACCGCGAUACCCGUGACCAUCCUGACGAUUGUGCUGGGUUUGUGGUGGAUGGGCGAGAUGGGACACCUCGUCGACUGGUUCGUUGGAAAAUUGCGAGGCGACGACAGACUCAGUCCAAAUUUUCCCACGCACGGCGGGGAUAUGUCCGAAAAGCCUAGCUACCAGCAGCAUGCCGGUAUCGAGGUCAUUACUGCUCCACAGGCCGUGUAUAGUCGACCAAUGUCGGCCAAGCAGAGCUUUACGAGGCGGUUGGAUGCUCGAAGCCAUGGCGCCUGA